AUGCGCAUCUUACCUUGCACAGUGAAGCCCAAGGAACAUUACCCGCCCUUCAUCCCAUGGGGCAUGAGGAGCAUGCAGACAGAGAAUCAGUUUAUCGCGGAUAUUGCCCUUCACAUGAGACAAAAGGCGGCCGUGUUCUCCCUUGUGCAUCUCUCUCACGUCACACUUACCCCGGAACGUGCAAAUGUCUUGCUCUUUGAUGGCAUUCUGCGCAAUGAGGCCCGUGCCUUGGAAUGUCUUUCAGUUCCAUUUUGUGAAGUUGGUGCGGCCACGCUCCUCUUGUUGCUUUGUGGUCUCAAUCAGUGUCGCGCCCUUCAGCCUCAGCUACGUUAUUUGAACCUCUCGUGGAACUGGAUCGACGCAUCGUGCUCGCACAUGUUAGCGAUGCUGCUGGGGCGCACAUCCGUACGAAGAUUGAGCUUGCACGGCAAUCGGUUUGGUGGUGGCGAUGCAAUAACCUUCCAGGAGUUUCUCCUUCAAGGUUGCGCACACUUGGAAGAGUUGGAUCUUAGUUACACCUCCUUGACACGAGCAGAGGUGUGUGCCCUUAUUAGGUGCCUCCCGCAGCUUCGAAAUCUCGAGGUGCUCCUCCUCGAUGGUGUUCAGGUACCGGAGAGCAAAGCGGUUGCAUUAUCCUCCGCCAUAAGACAAUCAAAGCUUACGUACGUCUCACUCAAAGGGAUUCUCGCGUGCUCAGGCGAAGCUUAUCUUCAGCGCAUUCGCGUAGCCUGUCACCGUAACCUUGUGUCCCGAAAUGUGCAGAAGGACAAGAGCACAAUGCGGCACUUGGCAGAGUCAUUGAGUUUUUUUGAGGCCUUUGAACGCAGAGCGUGCAAUUGGGUUGGCGAUGACGCCAGCGCUCUUCCCCCGUCGUAUCGCCCAUUUACCACAAAUGAACCGUCUCUACCGCCAAUUGAUGAAUACGCCUAA